AUGGCCAAUGGAGGAAUACAGCUUCUUGGGUUUUCCUUGGGUUUUUUGGGAUUAAUUGGUUUGAUAACUUCUACAGCCAUGGCAGAGUGGAAAAUGUCGUCUUACGCCGGUGACAAUAUCAUCACUGCUCAAGCCAUGUAUGAGGGACUGUGGCAGUCAUGCGUGUCUCAAAGUACCGGUCAGAUACAGUGUAAAGUUUACGAUUCGCUGUUGCAACUACCAGGUCAAGUGCAGGCCACUCGUGGCCUGAUGAUUUGUGCCAUUCUCCUCUGUGGCAUUGCCAUACUAGUCUCCAGUAUUGGCAUGAAGUGUACCACCUGCCUGGCCGAGGACAUGGAACAGAAAAACAAAGUUGCUUUGACUGGUGGAGUCCUGUUCAUCAUUGGUGGUCUGUGUGCUUUUGUGGGAACUAUCUGGUAUGGCGAGAAUAUACGUCGUCAGUUCUUUGACCCUUUCACACCAACAAAUAGCAGAUAUGAGUUUGGGAAAGCUCUAUACAUUGGAUGGGCGGCUGCUGCCCUCACUGUCAUAGGCGGAAGUUUUCUGAGCUGUAACUGUGGGAGUAAAGCGUCAGGCAAGUCUCCCCGCUAUCCUCCGUCCCGCUCCGCCGGCCAGCCCACCUCCAACUACGUAUAG